AUGUGGACCACCCGCGACUGGGACCGCAAGGUCGCCGUCUUCUCCGCUUUCUUCGACAGCCUCAAACGCCGCUCCCUCCUCGCCAAAGCCUCAAAAUCGCUCUGCAUCGGGGCGCGGGUCGGGCAGGAGGUCGCUGCACUGAAGCGGGUCGGGGUGUCCGAUUCGGUGGGGAUCGACCUAGUACCCUACUCGCCGCUCGUCCUCAAGGGUGAUUUCCACCGCCAGCCGUUCGCCGACGGGACAUUCGACUUUGAAUUCUCGAACGUGUUCGACCACGCGCUGUACCCGAGGAGGUUCAUCGGGGAGAUCGAGCGGACGCUGAGGCCCGGCGGGAUCUGCGUGCUCCACGUGCUGGUGUCGAAGAGGGCGGACAAGUACUCGGCCAACGAUCCUGCAAUUUUUACCCCCAAAUCGUUUUUUUUUCUUUUAUUUUGUUUAAUGAAAUAA